UUGCUUGCUCCGGUCAUUCACUUGGCCGACUUCUAGAGGUGAUGUUGUGUGACAAAUAGUAUUCAAGACAAGUGUCAGUUUGCUCAAAAUGUCAGAAGAAAAUAAAAUAACGGAAUUGAUAAAACGCAAAGGAAAAUUCAGUUACUCGUUUGAGGUGACUCCAGAUGUGUCUGAGGAUGAGCUGUUUAGCUUGAAGGAGGAUCCAGUGUUUUUCUCGGUUACAUGGCACGCGAAACAACACCAAUGCAAGGACUUGAACAUUGGGCCCGUGAGGAUUGCGAGCAUUUUGAGGAGCAAGCAAAAGCACGUAUUGCUGCACUUAUCGUGCGAUAUGCUGAAGACUGAUUAUCUUGAUGAAUUGUUAACCGUGCUACAAGAAAGAAAUAUUUGCAACUUGUUCUUGAUUUUAGGAGAGUCUUACGACCCUAACUCGUCCGACUUCAAAAACACUUCAGAAGUAAUCAAAUACAUUAGGAGCAAAACGGGACAGUAUUUUUGUAUCGGUAUCCCAGGUUUUCCUGGCUGUAAUGAUGAGAAAUUACAACAAAUCAAAGACAAAAUUGAACUUGGAGCCGAUUUUAUAAUGACACAAGCACUGUUCGACUCUGAUGGCUUCCAAACUUUAAUAAAACGAUGCGAGAAAAUGGAAAUCAAAGUGCCAAUAAUACCUGGAAUAUUUCCUUUUGAGACGCUUCAACAGUUAAAUGGCUUUAUUAAUAUGUGUAAAAUAAAAGUGUCCGAGGACUUAUUAACAGCCAUUAACGAUAAAGAAAAAAUGAACAGACCCUGCUCUGAAAUUAUUAAACUGUUACUGCAAGAGCUCAUGUCAAAAUGCAAUACAAGCCAUUUUCACUUCUUUACUUUAAAUAAAUUACGAAACGUCGAAAAAUAUAUAGCCCAAAUUAAAUAAAAUUUUAACAGCUCGUAUUGAUUGUUAAUGUUUUUUAUGUAGUAGAAAAAAUAUUGGAGAACAAAGUUAUUCUUCAGUUUUUAGUUGGGAUAAUAUUUUAUUUCAUUGUACUGCUACUUUAUUAUCUCGACGUGAAUAUUUUGUGUCUACUUAAUAAAAAUGUGACUGAUGAA